UAGAUUGUCUGACAUCUGAGGACAGGGGCUUUGUAUUUGGUCAGCGAUUGACAGCUGGCUGAUAUACAACAAAGUUAAGUUUCUUUUGAUUGACUUUUGAUUCUCUCACAGAAGACCACCACCAUCAGUCACCAUGCUCCGACUAAGAUCACCGCUCUGCCAGUCUUGGAGGGGAUUUAAGACCUUCUCCUGUGCUGCUGUGGAGGUCAAGAAUGAGCCCAUCCUCGGGUUCGAGACUGGCUCCAAAGAGAGAGCUGAACUGGAGAAGGCCCUAAAUGACCUGAAGGGCAAGACUGAGGAGAUCCCAUGUGUGGUGGGAGAUGAACAAGUGUGGACCAGUGACAUCAGAUACCAGCUGUCUCCCUUCAACCACUCACACAAACUGGCCAAGUUUUGCUACGCUGAUAAGGACACUCUAAACAAGGCCAUCGUGGCGUCAGUAGCUGCUCGCAGAGACUGGGACUUGAAGCCAGUGGCGGACCGCGCUCAAAUCCUCUUCAAGGCUGCUGAUGUCAUCAGUGGACCCAAGAGGGCAGAGGUUCUGGCCAAGACCAUGAUUGGGCAGGCUAAAACAGUGGUCCAAGCUGAGAUCGACGCUGCAGCAGAGCUUAUUGACUUCUUCCGCUUCAAUGCCAAGCAUGCCAUCGAUCUGCAAUACACACAGCCUCUCAACACUGAUGUCAGCACCAACACCAUGCUGUACCGAGGCUUGGAGGGGUUUGUUGCUGCCGUCGCCCCCUUCAACUUCACCGCCAUUGGUGGAAACUUGGCAGGAACUCCCGCCCUCAUGGGUAACGUGGUGCUGUGGAAGCCCAGCGACACGGCCAUAUCUGCCAGCUACGCCGUGUACAAGAUCAUGAGAGAGUGUGGGCUACCCCCCAAUAUCGUGCAGUUUGUGCCUGCCGAUGGGCCGGUGUUUGGAGACACAAUCACGGCCUCCGAGCACCUUGCCGGCAUCAACUUCACUGGAAGCGUUCCAACCUUCAAGCGCUUGUGGAAGCAGGUGGCCCAAAAUCUGGACAUCUACAAGAACUUCCCACGAGUGGCUGGAGAGUGUGGUGGUAAGAACUUUCAUUUCGUCCACACGUCGGCUGAUGUGGAGAGCGUGGUGUCUGGGACGAUCCGCUCGGCGUUUGAGUACGGUGGGCAGAAGUGUUCGGCCUGCUCCCGCAUGUACGUGCCCGACAGCCUCUGGCCACAGAUCAAGAAGGAGCUCCUGGACAUCCACAAGCAGAUCAAAGUUGGAGACCCGGUUCAGGACUUUGGGACUUUCUUCUCUGCAGUCAUUGAUGAUAAGUCCUUUGCUCGUAUCAAGAAGUAUCUGGAUCACGCCAAGAGUUCUCCCAACCUCUCCAUAGUUGCUGGAGGUAACUGUGACGACAGCAAGGGGUACUUUGUAGAACCAACCAUCGUUGAGACCAAGGACCCACGAGAUGCCAUUAUGAGUGAGGAGAUCUUUGGGCCGGUUCUCUCCGUAUAUGUUUAUCCUGAUAAGGACUACAAAGAGGUGUUGCACCUGAUUGACACCACGUCACCGUACGCUCUCACAGGAGCUGUUUUCGCUAAAGACAAGAGCGUUGUAGAUUAUGCAGCAAAGGCACUGAGAAACGCAGCAGGAAAUUACUAUGUCAAUGACAAGUCCACUGGCUCGAUUGUGGCACAGCAGCCAUUUGGGGGCGCCAGAGCAUCAGGUACCAAUGACAAACCUGGGGGACCACACUACGUCUUAAGAUGGACCUCACCCCAGGUCGUCAAGGAGACACACGCCCCACUCACAGGAUGGAAGUACCCCUACAUGGGCUGAAGUGAGCCUACUCCAGCCUUCAUCCCCUCCCCCCUCUCCCAUGAACCUUUACCCGCAACUUCCCUCGCUCGUGCUAUCCCUCUCUCCCCUCCCUUCCAAUCAAGACUAAAGUAAAAAAAAUCCUCAAGUCUAAUCCUCAUUUGACAUGAACUUAAUCUUUGUCCCUCAUGUUCAAUCAGAAAGUCUGGAAGCACCUGUUACGGCUGUGUUAUAAAACUAGAGGACUUAAACAGCGCAAGCGGUCGCUUCUUGAAGGCCUGCGACACUGAACCAGUCGAGAGAAGAGCUCUGCUGUGCAAAACCAGAGGGGCAUCAGGACCCCAUUGCGCUUCUAAUAGCGUGUUGCCUUGGAGACGCACCACGGCAGUCCUCCACAUAUGGGGUGGGGCCAAACGUGUAGUGACAACCUGAUUGGUGCUCCUGGAAGUACACUGAGUGAAUGGCUCGGUUCCCCUUAAAAGGUCCAUUGGUUUCGAGAUGCACUGAAAUUGAUGCUGCUGCUGCUGUGCUUCUGUAUCUGGUGCUGGGGCCUAUACUAAGUAGCUGGUUCAGUAGUAAAUCAUCUAAUAGAAGAGCCUGGAGUCCUUGUUCUCUUACCAAAUGAUGCACGCAGGUACAUACAGUAUCUAUUAGCAGGUUUACCACUUCCAGUGGGUUAACUAAGCCUGGUUUACUACUGAACCAGCUUCUUAGUAGUGUACCCCCCUGGUGGGUGGGGAUGGCAUAUGGAUAUGAGAGUCUAGCUUAAAGGUGCAGUUUGUGGCCAAACAGUGGAAAUAAGUAAUACAAAUAAUAGAAAGAAAUCAUAAAUAAUAGAAAGAUAUAAUAAAAAUAUGCCUUUGGAACGAUAAUCAUUAUGCAACUUCUCUUUAAACUGUAGUUUAAAAGUAACUUAAAAAAUAUAUGUAAACUUGUAUGUUACAAUCGUAGGUUAACACCAGUUGUUAGCUAAAAGAAAGAAAAAAACUUACUGCACCUUUUAUGUGUCUAACACGGUAUGAAGUAAAAGGGAGGACAUUUUAUGAUCCUGAAAUACUGUAGGUAGUAAUAUCAGUAUGUUGUAUUUCAUAUAAGAGAAUCAAGCAGCCACAUGCAUAUCAGUAAGGGUGUACAACAUGGAUUCAGAAAAGACUGUCCCAAAGGAGCAGCCGUCCUGCAAUAUAACAUUUGCUCUUGAAGCAGUUUGUAUGACUAUGAAAUCUAGGAUAUUUUUGUCACAAUACAUGACUUACCUGUAAGUAUAAUUUCAUAAUUACUGUAUUAUAUGAAUUACUUUCCAAACUCCCCAGCUGAUGUACGUUCUUGUUAAAUCAUGUUAUAUACUUUAAUUUGCUAACAUGAAAAAAAGUAUUUCCACAUGAUGCACUAUCUGUAAUUUGGAGAGGUGACAUUAAUUAAUGUUUGUUUUUUUUCUUCUCCAAGUAACUUGGGAAAAUAGUGCCUAUGCUGUUGUUGUCUCUUUAUGAACAUGGAUCAUGUUGUCAUUGUCAAUUAUUGGAUGGAAGAUGCCUGAAUGUAUGUUAAUAAAAACGGGAGUUACAAAUUGUUACAAA